GGAGGCAGACCCUUCCAAGACGUGCUGGGUGGUUCGGAGCAUCCGAGACCAUUGCUGCAAGGAGGGCCAAUCGGCGGAUGGCUCGAUGCUGUACAGUGUCUUCGUCAGUUUAACCGAGCACCUCACACCUGCUGAGCUGCAUCACUUUCACAAGCUCUUCCCGGGUGCCACUGUUGACGAGACCGCAUUCGAAUCGAACAGGCUCCGCUUCCGGCUGGGGCAGCACACUCCAGGUUUCGUUUGCGCCUCCAGUUCAUCUGCUCCGGGCCAAGAACGGCAAACGGUCGACACGGGUGCAGUUCUUUGGCCGCUGGCAGUUCUUCUGGCUUCCUUCGGGCAUCCAAUCUCUGGAACCUUCGUGAAUAUCGGAGCUGGCACAUGUGAGCCACCGGAUCCUUUAUACCAGCUCCUGGCCUCGCCUCAAGGCUGGGGAUUCGUCGGAUUGGCGGUGGAAUCGGAUCGGAGCCGGCUUGACAGGUGUGAAAUUGCCAUGAGCCAGACGCCGGCACGGGUUCUUCCGGUGCACAUGACGAUGGAUCCAACAGCUGCCGCCGACCAGUUGCUGCCCUACCUCAAGCUGAUCUUCGGCAAUGCUCCGAAGCCUUGGCCAUUGGACUUCCUGGUUGUGGACAUCGACGGUGUUGACUGCCUCAUCGUCGAGGAGCUUUUGCAGGUCGUAACGCCGAAGGUAAUCCACCUGGAGAUUGUCUUUCACAUUCCGCCACCAUUUCGCUUUUCGCUGCAGUGGCACGCGGAUGUUUCGCCGAAAUUCGAUGCCGAGUACGAUGUCGAUGUGCUGAAUCCGGCCUCGGGUUGCUCGUUGAGCUAUGCGCUGCACAAGUUUCGACCGUUUGGAUACCACCUACUGCGGCUGACGCCCAACGACGUGAUCCUGGUGCACCAAUCCAUCGCUUCGAGUGUGGAGCGAGGGCUUCAGCUGAAGCUGCCACAGGACGAAUUUGAAUGCUAUCGGAACAGCACACUGUGGCUCCAGAUGCCAGCAGACUAUGUCCGGGAAUGGUUCUUCGCGAAGCAUCCCUCGGCAGCAAUAGGCCACAUUUGGUCAAACCUUUCGUCGCUCAGCAAGGAGACCGGCCGCCAGAAUGUGCCUUUCACCCUGGACUUCUAG